AUGUCAUGGAACCCACUGACAACGUCCAUACCUACAGUUCUGGUCCUCUGUGCUGUCCUGGCUUGGUGGUUCACUGAGCCCAAAACGGUACACUUGAACCUGAUUGUCGCCAUUGGCUGCUUGCUGUUUUUCUGGGCUAUUGCACCCGAGCUGGCUCACCAGUCGCCCGCCUGGCUUCUCGACACGAGUGUCAACCUCGCAACAUUCUUCAAGUUGGACUAUCUUGUCUUGUAUCAUACGAACAUGCUUGUAACCGGCGCUGCCCUGCUCUGGUUGGCCCAAAGAACCUGGCAAACCCUUCGCAAGCCCGUUCCCGAACUCAUCAACAUCCUCGGUGUCGACGUACCCGAUGCCCCCGAUGUGUCGCUCGCUGGCAUUCGACCUGAUGCUGCCACGCUGCACUGGACCCGCCCGCGGCCCAACAGACCCGUGUCCAAGUUCUUAAUACAGGUCAACGGCAUAUUGGUCGGGGAGUCGGCGCCGACUGAGACGGCUAUAACUGUCACGGGCCUGAAGCCAGACCACUACUACAAUGUGGUCAUCAUUGCCGUCGGGCACAACAAUUUUCAGGCAGGCAGUCGCGUCAUCAGAUUAUGUACAUUUUCAAAGGAUGGUCGCCCACAGCUCGGUGAUGGUCGUCUACCGUCCAAUUUCGACCCGGAAGAUCAAGCACAUACCGAGGCAAGGACCCACGAUGACGACGGUACACCUCGAAACCCUGCCGCUGGUGUCGAGACUGCAUCCGUCUCCAAAGAUUCCCUCGUGCCACCCAACUCGGCCGGUGUCUCGGGGGUAGCUAGACGCAACACCCUGACCCGAAAACACUCGCCUUCAACGACAAGCAUUGAUCAGUCUGUCCGCGAAGCUCUCAGCAAGUCUCCGGAAGAGUCGCUACAGAAACUGGGCGAGAAGUUUGAGAAUAUCAGAAGGGAGAUGGAAGAAAUCCAAAUGCAGAUUGGCAAAGAUGAGAAAGAGCACAGGGAAUUGAUGGACGAGCUGCAAGACGAGAAGAAGUCCAAGAGGCGUAUACUCAAGGACAAAGACGACACAACCGAGAAACUGAAAAGGGAGAUGGGCUCUACAGAUAGAGCCAUGAGGAGUGCCCAGCAAAAGAAGACCCAGUUGGAAAAGAAGCUGAAGGACAAGCAAAACGAUCGUAGCAAGCUUCAGGACGACAUAGCCAAGUGGGAGAAGGACCUGGCGCAAAUGAGCAAGAGAAUAGGAGGCUUCGAGAAGGACAAGACGAUUAUCCAAGAGGAGGGGGAUGAUCACAUAAAGACCCUCCAGGUCGACAUUGACGCCUUGCAAGCCAGUCUUGCCCUGGAAGAGCGAGAGCUCAAGGAGAAAGGCCGGGAACUGAAAGACGCUGAGGAUCAACGCAAGAAGCUUCCGGGCGGGGAAGAAAGUGAAGAAUGGUACGAGAAGGACCUUCAAAUACGGAGAGAAUGGGAGAUGAAACAUCAGGACUUGCUUCGCAGGCUUGUAAACACAAAGCAGCGAAUCAGAAACCAGAAGCAAUACGAGCAGCUGUUGCAAAAUCAGUUGCUCGCUGCUCAACAAUCUGGGCUUGCCUUUACAUACAAUCAGGCAAACUCGUCUGGUGUGGAUUUCGAUCCAACCCUGCCGGAAGGGCUUUCGCGACGCAGUCGCGCGGCUAACUCUUUGUCGAACGUUGCUGUACCAUCGCCUGUCUCGUCUUUUGCCAUGGUUGACAGAUCAUACGCCCCAAGCAGUUUCGGAAUAUCCCGUGCGUCAACUAUUCCGCCUGGGUUUUCCGAGGCGCCAAUGCCCCAGCUUCCAGGCAUCCCGGAUUAUGGCGAUUUUAUUGCAUCAGCAGAGGCAGAGAACGAGGAUAUGGAACCACUCGACGAGGACCAGCUAAUGACGUUGACAGGCGGCGCGCCGCUUAGCCCUACGGCAACCAUGUUACUCCCUGCAGGUAUGCUGGACAUGGUAGAUGACUUUUACGAGCCUCAUGAUCCAACAUCGCAGCCCAUGAGGCAAGGCACUUUUGGGUCCGCCAUGUCUCUGGAGAACGAUCCUCAAUCACCAGUCUCGUCCGGGCGGUCUCUCAGUAUUUCCAGUCCUCGAAGUUCUACUCAGCAUCUACCCUUUUCUCAGUAUACUGGUGAAAAUAGUGAGAGAAUGUCUCUGCGGGGCGAGCGACGCACGGCAUCCCCUAGUGUUGUGCGCGCCCCAGCAACUAGCCGAUUCGCCAUCCUCCCAUGGUUUCAUCACGGCGAAAAAUCCUCUGACGAGCUUCCGGCUCUCGGCUCGCUAAAGCCACACCAAAGUCAAUCUCUCCCGCGAAAUGCUGAUGAUGCGGGCAUAUUGUCUGGUAAACGACGAAUUAGUCUCACUGGCGGCGCAGGUUGGGGUAUGUUCAACCGAAAUUCGGCAGGACCUGACACCCUAGACCCUCCGGGAUCACGGAGCUUGGCAUCACGCCGUUUGGGGCUUUUUGGGCACACCAGCGGAAGCGGCGGGCUACAUGAACGAGACCCCAGCAGCCCUCGGCCUGUCUCGAUUGCUUCUUCGGAUUUACCACGACCCUCUACUGAAAGCGGCCCUAUCUGGGGAAGACAACAACAACAACAACAACAACAGUCCAGCAGAAUAUGGUCACCGGAAACCGGCGACCCAUGGUCGUCGAGAAAUGUCUCGAGAAGGCCCUCGCUCCACGGAUCCCCGUCUGCCCUGAAGACAACCCUUGCCGAUGCGGAUGAUGUGAUCCUGGACAGAGAGGAUAUGUUACGUCGCGCAUCGGCAGUCGGCGUUAUCGGUGGGCCCAGAGCCUCCAAACAGACCUUGACUGCGCGUCUUAACCCUACGGCACCAAGCUUCAUGCUUUCUUUCCGCAGUAAGGACAAGGAAUCAAGCAAUGGAAAGGAGAAGGACAGAAGUAAGGGCAAAUCCAAGGACAAAAACCCUCGACAUUCCUUGACUUCUGCAUCGGAAGCCACAGACACACCAUCACUGGACGACUCGCCCUUGAAUUCGCGCAAGUCGAGAGAUGCCUUUUCCGUAGAUACACCUUCGAUUUCUGAGUCGCACGAGUCACUUGCGCUAGACCAGUCAUUCUCCAAUACCCUCUCGGAAACGGCUUUGGGCCUGGCGCUGAAGGAACCAGAGAGCGGCCUGAGGAAGCUCCUACGCAAGGGAAGUUCGUCCAAAUUCAGUUUCUCAUCGAUUCGCGGGGUGAGUGGCAAGAAGGGGCCUGGAAGCGUUGCCAAUUCAGACAAAAACCAAGACCGUACCAGUUUUGAUAUAGACGAGCAUGCCGAAGACAGUGGCAGCAAUGGUGCCGGCCCUGCCGUGCUUGGACGCAGCUACGAGAGUGUCACGAGCAGCCCGAACCUUGGGGCGCGGCCUAGUACGAAGGAAGGACGUGUAGGAUGGGCGGGGCGGUUCUCGAUAAAGAAGAAGCCCGGUAAGGAGAGGGAGAGCAUUGACGUCGAUCGCGAAGACUCCGUUCCUCCUACACCGUCAACUACUGAUGGCGACCACAGAGCUUGA